AUGGGGCGCGGGGCAGCCCUCGGACCGCGGCUGCUGCGGGCAGCGGUGCUGCUCGCCCUCUGCCCCACCGCCGCCGGCAGCACCUGGAUGUGGUUGGGCAUCGCCGCCGCCGGCGGGCCGGAGAAGGCGGGCUGCGCCAGCCCGCCGCUGAGCCGCCGGCAGCAGGAGCUGUGCAAGCAGAAGCCGGAGCUGGUGCCCGCCAUCCGGGAGGGAGCGCGCCUCGGCCUCCAGGAGUGCCGCAGCCAGUUCCGACACGAGCGCUGGGACUGCCGCCCGCCGCCCGCCGGCCGCCGCGGACCCACCGCCACCGCCUUCGGGCACCAGCUCAGCAGCGGCACAAAGGAGACCGCGUUCAUAUCCGCAGUGACAUCGGCGGGCCUCGUACAUUCGGUGACGCGGUCGUGCAGCGCAGGAAAUGUGACCGAGUGCUCCUGCGACACGAACCUGCGGCACGGCGGCUCGGCCAGCGAGGGCUGGCACUGGGGUGGCUGCUCCGACGACAUCCACUACGGAAUGUCAUUCAGCAGAAAGUUCCUGGACAUGCCCAUUAAGAAUGUAACGGGCAGGAGUGGGCUGGUGGCAAUGAACCUGCACAACAACGAGGCUGGGAGGCAGGCUGUGGCAAAGCUGAUGUCAGUGGAUUGCCGUUGUCAUGGUGUUUCUGGGUCCUGUGCUGUGAAAACUUGUUGGAAAACAAUGUCCUCAUUUGAAAAGGUUGGCCGUUUUUUAAAGGAUAAGUAUGAAAACAGCAUACAAAUAUCAGACAGACUGAAAAAAAAGCUACGCAGGAAAGAGAAAAGCCAACGAAAAAUACCAAUUGGGAAAGAAGACCUGCUUUAUGUGAACAAAUCGCCCAACUAUUGUGUUGAAGACCAAAAACUGGGGAUCCCUGGGACUCAGGGAAGGGAAUGUAACCGUACCUCGGAGGGAUCUGAUGGCUGCAACCUCCUCUGCUGUGGGCGGGGCUACAACACCCAUGUUGUCAGGCAUGUGGAGAGGUGUGAAUGCAAGUUUGUGUGGUGCUGUUACGUGCGCUGCCGGAGGUGCGAGACCAUGACCGACGUACACACCUGCAAAUAAGUACAGAGAACACGGCUAACCAUCCUGCACUGUUUGGUACACACAACUGCCACAUGGGCAGACAUUACUCUUGCCGUGUGGAAUUGCAGGAGGAUCAGCCUCAGGGGGAAUGAGUCUUACCAAACAAUAGGCAGUCCAAGCAUUUGGCGUAUGAAGAGCAACUGAGCGAAAAGCAGCCUGCACACAGGUACAGCUAAAACAACAAAAAAGGACUCACAAUGACACAUUUGAACAUGUAACUCCAUAAGCAGGGACAGACACUGAACUUUCCAAGUCUUUAAUAGCCACAACAUCCUGAAGAUCCAUGUGGUCAGCAGGUACAGUGGAGAAAACUCAAGAUCUUGUUAGCCACAGACUGAAGAGUUAGGAGGGUGUGUAAGACACAUUAGAUAUAAUCCUUAUGUCUGUAUUUUUAAAACUGGGGCUAGAUGGACCCACUAGAUGGUUCAUUUCUGCAGGCUUUAGAGAAAAAAAGCAAAGAUAGGGGAAAUGUUCUGCUGUUGACCAUAAAGCCUUUGCUUUGCAACUGUUCAGAAAGCUCUCUUCUGCAUAAUAUGCAGGAAAGCAUCUAGUACUGAGAAACAUGCGUGACUGCCAAGAUCCAGGCACUGCCUGGGUGGAGAAGGAGGGUCCACUGGCAUGGAACAAGCUGUGUCCAGAGUAGAAGGGCUGGAGCACAGCUCGAGGAACAUGGAUGGUGUGCCUUGGGAUUUUUCAUAGGUCAUCUUUCAAACAGGAAAAGGACAGGUCUGAGGAGGGCCAGAAAUGCAGUUUAGUAUUUGAAGGAAAUAAAAUCCUUUGCAGGUAUUUCCUCAGUAUCUGAAUACACAAUUUGCGAGUCAGUUAGUCGUCACCCACUGUUGGACUGUAUGCAAUAACCGGUGGUUCGCCAUCAUCUUCACAAUUAACCAUGUGAGAUUCAGCCCAAAGAAAUCUGCUAUAAAGCGAAAUAUGUUUUAAACAUUACUUUCUCUUAUAGAACCUGAUGCUAGAGCUUUUCAUUAGGUUGCAUCCUAAGUAAGUUCAAUGCACAACGUAGUUCAUGGAUUGACUUACACCACUAAAAUACUUAAACCAUUAUUGACAACAUUUCCUCCCCCUCCAUUUGUUGUUUCAACUUCAUUUUACAUCUGUGAAAGGUUGUUUAUUUUUAAGCAAUGAUUUAAUGCCAGGUUUAAAAAGCAUCAUGUGAAAGGAUUUCUGUUGUUUAAAUGUGCAAAGACCUAUUUUUGAUAAGACAAGAAAGUUUAUAUUUUGUAAAUACUUAAAUUAUGCAAGUUAUGUAAAAGGUUUCCAAAACUAACGUGAUAAGACUACAGCCUUUGUCAUUUGUUGGUUAGAUAUUUGUUACUAUUAUAGUAAUCUUUAAGUGAUUUUGAAUUGCAUGUGCAAGGGGGAAAUUAGUCAGAAAAUUACAUAAAUGUUCUCUUUUUUGCCAUCAGGGUGGUUAUAAUUAUUGCAAUUAAUGCACACUGAUGAGAAACACUUACUACAAUUUUCUAAAUGAUCAGUUAAUUAAUACUCUGUAUACUGUUUUUAUUCAUUUAAAUUCAUUUUACAAACAGUGAAAUCCCAGCUCCAGUGGUAAAUGCAGAACUCCCACUGAUAUCGGGGGACUUGCAAGGGUUUGCAAUCCCCGAACUUUUUCCACACUAACAGUUCUCAGAAAGAAAUCAUCUCGAACAGCUUAGUUGAGGCUUUCAAAGUUACUUUGAGGAACUAAUUUCCUAAUUGUCAGUUAUUUUCCCAUGAAAGCUGGUGACCAGAUUCCCUGUGAGAUUCAGCCCAAAGAAAUCUGCCAUAAAGCGAAAUAUGUUAUGGAUGUGUAGGUCAGGAAGAAGCAAACAAAAUCUUCUGUGUUGUAGUACCUUCGUUGCCAUAUGUGGAGUGUCUUAGGAACAUCAGUUCAGCAACCAAAAGUUUUUUAUCUGCUGGUUCUCUUUGGACCUGCCCCCACAUUUGACCAGUCUGUCUCCAUUGACCUAGCCAGAUAGAUAAUUAUGCUGAGGCCACAAAAUCUGCUCUCUAUGGGAAGAGUGCUCAGUGUCCCAGUCGUUGUCACAAGAAUUAACACCCUCCCUGUGAAAACUUAGAUGGGGAGGACACAUCCUGGUGGAAGACCCUGAAGAAACUUAGGAGCUGAGACUGUUCCCAUUUUCCAUCAAUGAAGGUAAACCCAGAGGCUGUGCUACAGCAUCUAUUGGCAGCAUGGAUGGGGCAUGCUCCUGGUCACUGGUGAUAUGAAGGUGUUGUAGAGACCAUCUCUCACUCUUUCUGAAUCUGCCCUAUGUCAAAUUUAUGGCAGAGGUAAGUGCCACCAUGCCCUACAUGAGACUGCUUCUAGCUGUGCCACUACUGAGUUCAGUGUUGAGGUCUCCACCAUUUUGUUAGUCCAGAAGGAACCAGCCACUAGGAGUUAAGUGUGGAGACCAAGAUCUUCUUUUGAAGCUGCCCCAAUGUGUGUCUCAAAACUAUCUUAGCUUUUACCAGACCUAAAUGUUCUCCCAUGCCUCAUCUGUAAAGUAAGGAAAAUGGCCAGUGUACUUCUUGGUACGCCUUAACUUCUGGCAUACCAGGGUAAGAAAUGGGGAGAAAAUGGUCCUGGACUCCCGGGCCUAAGGUCAGCUUUGGGGAUUUGCCCAGGAGAAAAACCUCAGCAGGCUGUUUCUGUGCAUUUGAAGGGGAAGAGCCCACCAGCAUUGUAUGGAGACAUGAGGCAAUCACGAUGCAGCCAGUGCAGUCAGGAUGUCACUUGCCUGCUUGGCUACCCAGUGUUUGGUGCUGUAUUAUUUUUGAGAUGUCAUCUACUUCCAAAAAAAACCGGUUUGUUCAUAAAUGUUGUUAAUAAAAGACUUUUUUCUGGUUU